GUAUUACGCGUCUUUUAAAACCGGAAGAAACAAAAACAACCAAAGCAAAGCGCAGUAGAUGGUUAUCGCAGGUGUUUGUACGCUGUGCUUAUCAUUUCAAAGAGAAAGGAUUGUAUUUUAUAUAUUUAAGAUACCAAAAAGAAGAAGAAAAGUUGAUUUUAAUUACGGCGUGUGGCCUGAUUUAGCCACUAACGCAAUUUAAUACUGUUUUGAUGGGGAUCUUUUAAUUGUUUAUCAAGGUUUUUUAGAUUACAUUUGACUUUUCUACUCAAAGUUACCAUGAAGGGACGACGAAAGAGCAGCGGGACGAGCUGGCUGCUGUGUCCGGUGCUCGGUGCGUGUCUCCUGGCUGCAGUGGUCGCGUACAAACCGGUGGUGAUCGUUCACGGGUUGUUCGACAGUUCAGGGGAUUUCAAGAAUUUACAGCGCUUCAUCAACGCAUCUCAUCCGGGGACAAAUGUGACGGUGAUCGACCUGUUUGACCGCAGUGCGAGUCUGGAGCCGAUGUGGAAACAGGUGGAGGGAUUUAAAGCAGCGAUUUACCCCAUAAUGCAAAAUGCCGCCGAUGGAGUGCACUUCAUCUGCUACUCUCAAGGAGGCCUGGUUUGUCGCGGGAUUCUGUCCACGUUGCCAGAUCACAACGUCAACUCCUUCAUCUCCCUGUCGUCUCCUCAGGCCGGACAGUACGGAGACACAGACUAUCUGAAGUACCUGUUCCCUCAGUUUGUGAAGUCAAACCUGUAUCACCUCUGCUACACCGGCUUUGGACAGAGAAUCUCCAUCUGUAACUACUGGAAUGACCCUCACCACAGAGACUUGUACGUGAACAGCAGUGAUUAUUUGGCUUUGCUCAACAGCGAGAGGCCGAAUCCAAAUGCAACAGAAUGGAAAAAUAACUUCCUGAAGAUUAAGAAGCUGGUUCUGAUUGGAGGACCAGAUGAUGGGGUCAUCACUCCCUGGCAAUCGAGUCAGUUUGGUUUCUACGACGACAACGAGACGGUGGUGGAGAUGCAGAACCAAGACGUGUAUUUGAAAGACGUUUUUGGCCUGAAGACUCUUGGUUCCCGUGGAGAUCUGAUCAUCUGCUCUGUCCCUGGAGUCGAACACGUUUGGUGGCAUUCGAACGAGACAGUUUUCCAUACCUGCAUUGAAAAGUGGCUUGACUGAAAGCAAUACUCGAUCUAUGGACUAAACACAACAAAGACCGCAGUAAUGAGUCUAAACGAGGACCGUAUUUUAAUCAACUCUAUUUGUUGACAGCUUAUUUCACUUAAAAAAAAAAAACAUUUUUAGAUAUUUAUUGUAAAACUGUUAGUGCUACAACUCAAAUCAUCAUAAUAUUUUUUAGUAGCGAGGUUUGAGGGAAAGCAUGUCUUUGCCUUAUUUUUAGCAUCUAGAAAAAGCACAAAUUGUUGAAGUUUAAUCGGGCAAGUGCAACGCGAGUUUAGCCUUGACAUUCAAAUUAAAACACAAAUUAAAAUACAUUGGUAUCCUUAUAAAGGGACAUUAAAUGGUACCAAAUAGAAAGUAUUUUUAAAAACUAUAUUGACCUCAAGUUAAUUCAUUCUAAUGUAGAGGUUAUCACUGUCAUAUCAUUUUUUUCCUUAAAGGACUAUAUCUGUUUACAGAUCAACAGUGAUAAGUAAAAAAUAUUUGUGUGCCUGAAGGAACUCCUAAAUUUUAAUUUUUCAACAACACCUAUUUUUACAAGUACUUUUUAAUUGCUGAUUGUUUUUUGAAUAUUCCCUUUAACAGACUGCUCUGGUCUUAUAAGAAGGAUCACAGAUAAACGCAUUUUGCAUGCAGCUGGUGUUAUUUAAACACUAGUGGACAUUUCCAAAUAGACUUGUUUAUUUAAAUUUUGAGUGUCUUUUGUCAACCAUACCUCAUAUCUCCAUAACCCGUCAGUGCCUGAUGUUUCUGCAUUUGUCUGAUUACAUGUACAGAAUAGACCUAAUAUUACAUAAUGUUACAUGCGUAUUUUAAACCGGUGGUUCAAUUGAUGCAGUAGUUUUUAUUUAGAUUUGUCUCUUUAAAUAAGCACAUCAACACUUAAACAUUGUAUUUUCAUAUUCUCCAUACAGUACUUUGGAGGUGUGUCAACCAGGUCCCUGUAAAUCAGUAGAUUCAGCCUUACAUUUCUCCUCAUGUCUCAGACCGAAGUGCUCUGAUCGCUGCCUUCAACUGGUCAAGGAUCAUUCUUUACUUUUUACUUUAAUCAUUUUGUGGUCAUAUUUUUCUUGUCAAAUUUCCAGAAUUUAAAGGGAUUUUGGUUCUUCUAAAUGUUUUUUUUUUUUUUAAAUCGUGACAUGUAUUGCACAUUGUACCCGCACGUAAGUGAAAAGGGAAAAGAUUGCUUUGUUUAAUAAUGUUUAUAUUGUUUUUUGUUUUUGUUUUGACUGAUAAUUGUAAUGCUUGUAAUAAUGGAUGUGGAUGUAAGGGAUUUUUUCCAAUAACAAAUUAACAAGCUCUUUGUAAAACACAAACAGAAACUAUUUUGCUACAAUUUCUGUACAAUUGUACCAUUUCUACAGUACAAGCGAUUACGGUAUCGAUUUUGUCAAAACCUCAGUAAAUGACAGUUUUGAUCAUCA